AUGACAGGCUCGAGCGAAGUGGCAGAGCCGCACAAGCUCUUUACCUUUCCACACAUUGCCGCUGCAAUUGUCACCUACUGGAUCGUCGCGACUGCCUACAACUUGCUCACAACGCCAACACCGCCAUCGAGCAUACCAUGGAUGGGCUACGGCAAAGGCUGGAUCGCCGACUUCCGCAAUUUUACUGCAUUGACUAAGAGCAAGGAAUGGUUGUUGGCUGGUUAUGACAAGUAUAGCCGGGAUGGCAAGAUCUUUGUGUUACCUGCAACACUUGGUAUGAUGGCGGAAGUUGUUAUACCACGAAGCCAACUGAACUGGAUGUUUGACCAACCGGAUACUGUGCUGAGUGUAAGUGAAGCGCACUACGAUUUCCUCCAGGGCGAUUACGCGUUUGUCAAGCCGGCGAUACUGAAGGAUCCUUAUCAUGAACAUGUCAUUCACAAGAAUCUCGUACGAAACCUCAAUGCGAUCCUUCCGGAGUUAGAGGAGGAAGUACCCCACGCCAUUUCCGAAGUGUAUGGGAUGGAUGCAGAUAAUUGGAAAAAGCUGGAUAUUAUGGAGUCUUUCAUGAAGAUGAUUCCAGUCCUGACCAACCGCAUGCUCCUUGGAGAGUCGCUCUGUCGCGAGCGCAAAUUCUUGGACGCAGUACUGGGCUUCACCAUGGACUGUAUCCGUACCCAGGGCGUCAUGUUCCUUUUCCCUAAAGCGCUGCAUCCAAUCGUUGGAACAUUGUUGAGUCUGACUACCAAGUACCACUAUUGGCUGUCAUCGAGAUUUACACUACCUAUGAUCAAGCAGCGCAUCUCAGACCUUGAGAAGAAAGACGCAGGAGAUCCAGAGUAUAAGAACUGGAAGGAGCCAAACGAUUUCAUCAACUGGAGCUACCGGACUGCGCAGGCUGAGGGACGACGUGACGAGAUGCAGCCAGUUCGCAUUGCUCAGCGCAUCAUGCCCAUCAAUUUCGCCAGCAUACACACUACCUCUCUCACGGCCUACGAAACUAUGAUCAAUAUCAUGAGCGCUGGACCAGAAGUCCUCCAACAAUUGCGUGAAGAAGCGUAUCGCAUUCUUCAAGAAGAGGGCGGGUGGACAAAGCAGGGUCUUACCCGCAUGUAUCGUAUCGACUCUGCUAUCCGCGAGUCACAACGUGUCGCGCCCAUCUCACUCACGUUUUCUCAUCGUAAGGUGAUAGCGAAAGAAGGAAUCACAACACCCGAGGGCGUACACUUGAAGUAUGGGACACUCCUCUCAUGUCCGUGGACGCCAUUGGCGGGUGAUAUAGACAUUCACGAUAAGCCAGAAGAGUUUGAUGCAUUCAGAUACUCAAGACCCAGAGAAGAGUAUGAGGCGAUGAAUGCUGAAGAGAAGGAGAAGGUUGAUGCGUUGAAGCUGAAGCAGACGGGUCUUGUCACCACAGCCGCGCAUCAUCUUGCUUUCGGUCAUGGAAGGCAUGCUUGUCCGGGACGCUUCUUUGUUUCUCACGAACUCAAGAUGAUCUUCGCUGAAUUGCUACUUAACUACGACAUCAAGCCACUUGCGGAGAAGCCCAAGAAGAUGUGGGUUAUCAGAUUCCAAGUUCCGCUUCCAGCAGCAAUCGAGGUUCGGCGCCGGAAGAGUGCGUGGACACCGGAGGUCACCUCUUGA